AGAGGGGCAGUCAUCACAACAGCACCUGGACAGGAGGAUCACCCAAACACUUCUCUUUAUUUUUUAAUUUUUUUUUUAAUGUGCGCACUAUUCUCCAUUGAGGAAAUCAUAUGAACUUCACAACUACUUGCAGACUUUGUACCAAGACUGGUGAGCUCUGUAAUCCCAAAGCUCUGUCCUUGCCUGUUUAAUUGUGUGGAACAGGAGAGGCUGAUCAGCCUCAUACUGUAUUUUGAGCUAUUUUCACUUUGAGCUCGUUAGUGACUUCACCAGCUGCAGAAGCAGACAGCAGUCGUACAGGGAAACGUGGAAAUCUUCCUUUCGUCAGUGGUUGAUGAGAUCAGCGCUAAUUCUGGCGGCCUUAUCUUGCCCACCCUUUUGAAAAAACUCAAAGAACAAGAAUUUCUGUGACUGAAGGAAAGUCUCUUGAUGGAAAAACGGGAAUAAAACUAUCAGUAUAAGGAAAUGCUAGAUCUAGUAAUAUCACAGAGUCUGUCUGCAACCAGUGGCUGCCCUGACAAUCUCAAGUGUUACGUUUCUGACAGCCGCACUCCAUCACCAGAUGCCAUAGGAGAUAAGUCAAAGAAAGCAUCAUCCAGAAAUAGCUUCCCGCUUUCAGGCAAUUGUAAAGUAUCUCACCAAUCUGAAUCUGAGGGGAAUUACUCAAGGCAUUACCCACAUAUAGUGUCACCCCCAUCCGUACCAGCGAUGGCAGCUUAUGGACAAACCCAAUAUAGCACAGGGAUUCAACAGGCUGCAGCUUACUCCACAUACCCACCCCCUGGACAAGCUUAUGGUAUUCCGUCUUACAGCAUAAAAACAGAAGACAGCUUAAGCCAUUCUCCUGGACAGAGUGGAUUUCUUAGUUAUGGCUCAACAUUCAGCACACCUCCUCCAGGACAAGCGCCAUACACUUAUCAAAUGCAUGGUACAUCAGGGAUUUAUCAAGGCGCCAAUGGUUUGAACAAUUCAGGAGCAUUUAGUGGUGUGCAUCAGGAAUAUUCAUCAUAUCCUGGAUUUAGUCAAGGUCAAUACCCACAAUACUACAGCUCAUCAUACAACUCUCCUUACGUUCCUACAAACAGCAUCAGUCCAACAGCCAUUUCCUCAUCCACAUACUCUCUCCAGGAGUCUUCUCACCAUCUUUCCAACCAGAGCACAGAAUCACUGUCAGGAGAUUACAAUGCUCAUAAUGGUCCUACCACACCAAUUAAAGAUUCUGAAAACGAUCGGCAACACAGAGGAUCUGAUGGAAAAUUACGAGGAAGAUCUAAGCGAAACAACGACCCCUCCCCUUCUGUGGAUAAUGAGAUUGAGCGUGUGUUCGUUUGGGAUUUGGACGAGACAAUCAUUAUUUUUCACUCCUUACUCACGGGAACCUUUGCGACCAGAUAUGGGAAGGACACAACGACAUCGGUGAGAAUAGGCCUGAUGAUGGAAGAGAUGAUCUUUAACCUAGCUGAUACUCAUCUAUUCUUUAAUGACCUGGAGGAAUGUGACCAGAUACAUAUAGAUGAUGUUUCUUCGGAUGAUAACGGACAAGAUUUAAGCACAUAUAACUUCUCUGCAGAUGGCUUCCACAGUUCAGCUGCCGGCGCAAAUCUCUGUCUGGGAUCAGGAGUCCAUGGGGGAGUCGACUGGAUGAGGAAAUUAGCGUUCCGCUACAGGAGAGUGAAGGAGAUGUAUAACACCUACAAAAACAAUGUAGGAGGUUUAAUAGGAGCCCCAAAGAGAGAAACAUGGCUACAGCUACGAGCAGAAAUGGAAGCUUUGACUGAUCUGUGGCUCACACAUGCACUCAAGGCUUUGAAUUUAAUACAUUCUAGACCGAACUGUGUAAAUGUGCUUGUCACCACAACUCAGCUCAUCCCUGCGAUUGCUAAAGUCCUGCUGUAUGGUCUUGGUACAGUCUUUCCAAUUGAAAACAUCUAUAGUGCAACAAAGACAGGGAAAGAAUGCUGUUUCGAGAGAAUAAUGCAACGGUUUGGAAGAAAAGCAGUAUACGUAGUAAUCGGAGAUGGGGUCGAAGAGGAACAGGCUGCAAAAAAGCACAAUAUGCCAUUUUGGAGAGUGUCUUGCCACGCUGAUCUCGAGGCUUUGCGGCAUGCUCUGGAACUGGAAUACUUGUAGCAGGAUGGACAGCGACCAUGCUGGUCUUCACCAGUCACCAGAACACCUCACUCAUCAUGAACAUUAUGAUUUGAUAACAAACGUCUGCUAUGGUGCAUCAGCUUGCUCCAGCUAAGGAUAAAAGCUGUUGAACACCUACCAAUGCCCUUUGAACUUCAAGGCUUACCUGGAAGCAAACAGCUUAACCCAGAUGAUACUGAACUUGUAAAAUAUAAAAUAAAAUGCUUGUAUCUUAACUUGGACUACAAGUGAGGAGUUAUUUGCCACUUGGACUAUUUAUAAGCACAAGAAAGACUUGCUGUGGUGAGCAAAUGUUUUAAAGACUUGGCAAACAAUGGCCUACAACCUAUUGAUUCAAUAUGCUCACUACAUAAUACAUUGUGAUUCAUGGAACUUGAUGGAUAUGAGAGUCAAACUGUUGCUCAUUUUUUUUAUAUGUUUUUCUAAUUUAUGGACUCUUUUUAUUCUUCUGUCAUUACACUCCUUUACCUAAAGUUUAAUCUAUCAGAUUGGGAGGGAGGGUUUACGUUGAUCUUAUUUAAAAGUUCUUUUCUUCAAGGCAAACCCUGGGGACAAUCAUGUUGUGUAAAUUAGUACUGGUUGUUAAGGAUUAAUAUAGUUAUGUUUUUAACCUUGUAUAGAUGGUAUGUGGACUGUGCAUGUGUCUACACCGUGCCUUAUGCUACCAUCUUUGUUUUAUAUAUAUAUGUAUAUGUAAAAGCAGUAUGUUGUCAUGAAUGAAAGGCAUUAAAUAAAACCAAGUUUACAUUUUGGGGAAGAUUA